AGAAGGGGAUAGAAGAACUGAACUGACACUGAGGGUGGGGGGCGUUCAGCUCCGGCAGGUGGUUUGAGGGCAGGGGACACAAACGGGGAGUCCCUCCCCAUCUCUCUGUCGGCUGGUUUGCUCCUGGCACAAGAAAUGGAGGCAAACACUGGAGUAAGGCAAGGAGCGUUCGACCUUUGGGGUGCUUUCCUUUGCAAAGGCAUGAGCCAUGAGCCAAAGUCACCCUCUCUAGGAAUGCUUUCAACAGCCACUCGGACUACCGCUACUGUCAGCCCCCUGGCCCCGUCUCCCAUCAAUGGCGCCCUCGUGCCCAGUGGCAGUCCGGCUGCCAACAGCACUUUACAAGUCCAGGCUGUGCCCUCCUCCAGCUUUGCCGCCGCCUUGCGCAAACUAGCCAAACAGGCUGAAGACCCCAGAGGAUCUUCAAUCAGCAGUGAAUCUUCCCCAGUUUCCUCGCCAGCCACCAACCACAGCUCCCCUGCAAGCACACCCAAGCGAGGGCCCAUGGGGCCCCUCAUCGUUCCUCCAGGGGGCCACAGCGUGCCGAACACACCUCCUGUGGUAACCAUUGCACCCACCAAAACUGUGAACGGCAUCUGGAGAAGUGAAGGGCGUCACCAGGAAGCUGGCUCCCGGAGUGGCGGUGGAGGCAGCAACGGGAGCCGGGACCGCCUGAUCGCAGAGGCUCCGUUGCCCCAGGAGAAAGGCAGCGGCCCAACGGUCCCUUCGCACUUGCUGGGGACGCCUUAUUCCUUUGCAAUCCCACCCAACUCCAUUGUCCAGGAUUCCCGUUUCCCGCCUCUCAAUCUCCAGCGUCCUGUCCACCAUGUGGUGCCUCCCAGUGCCGUCACCGAGGACUACCUGCGGAGUUUCCGGCCCUACCACACAGCCGAGGAGCUCCGCAUGUCCUCCUUGCCUCCCCUCACCUUGGACCCUGCCACUGCUGCUGCGUAUUACCACCCCAGCUAUUUGGCUCACCACCCUUUCCCUCAUCCGGCUUUCAGAAUGGAUGAUUCCUACUGCCUUUCGGCUCUUCGCUCUCCUUUCUACCCAAUUCCAACUCCUGGUUCUCUCCCACACCUCCACCCAUCGGCCAUGCACCUCCACUUAUCAGGAAUGAGGUACCCCGCCGAGUUGUCCCAUUCCUCUCUUUCUGCACUUCAGUCGGAACGCCUCUCCAGCCUGACCGCGGAAAGGCUGCAGUUGGACGAAGAGCUACGGCAACGGGAGCGAGAGAAGGAGCGGGAACGGGAAGCCGAUCGGGAGCGGGAAAGGGAGCGGGAAAAGGAGCUGGAACGGGAGCGAGAGCGGGAACGGGAGCGGGAGCUGGAAAGGCAGCGCGAGAGAGCCCGGGAAAAGGAGCAGAGCAUCAUCAAAGCCAUGGAAGGCCCCUUCCUGUCUGUCUCCGAGUUGCAAGGGCCGAGGACCCAUCCAGCCGAAGAACGUGUCAAACCAUCGGAACAGCUAACGCCAAACCGAGCAGAAAAACCAAAGGACUCUUCUGCUGCCCAGACCCCCAAAGUGGUCCAGCCUCCGUUGCACCAGCCAUCUGCCUCGCAGCACCCGGUGCCUAGCUUGAUUUCCAGCCACACUAUAUUCCCCCCGCCUGGAGGCAGCACAGCCGCCGCGCUCCUCAUCCAACGCACCAACGAGGAGGAAAAAUGGCUGGCACGCCAACGGCGGCUACGGCAAGAGAAGGAAGAUCGCCAGUCCCAGGUGUCCGAGUUUCGGCAGCAGGUCCUGGAACAGCAUUUGGACAUCGGACGCCCAGCCGGACAGAUGGAAGUGGAGCAUCGGCCAGAGAACUCCAGGCUGGGUCCAAGCCGCCCCGAACUUGGAGGUCGAGAGCAACCCCAGCAUUUCGGAGGCCCGCCGCCGCUCAUCUCGCCCAAGCCGCAGCCCCAUCCGGUGCCCACGUCGCUCUGGAACCCGGUCUCCUUGAUCGAGAGCACCAUGGAGGCUCGGAGGCUCCAGGAGAGCCACUCGCUCCCCGCUCAGGCCAGCUCCUACGAGCCCAGCCGGCAAGCCAUCCCUUUGGUCAAAGUGGAGCGAGUCUACUGUCCCGAGAAAGUUGAGGAUGGAGCCCGGAAAAAGGAACCUUUGGACAAACACCCAUCGGGCCGGGAGACGGGGGGAUCCGAGCCCGGUGGGUUUCCCCACGGACCCUUAUUAAGCGAAUGGGAGAAGCCCCUGCAGCAGAGAACCCCCCACCCCCAAAGCGUGCCGUUUGCUGAGGCGCUGAAGAGCCGGACGGGCUCCCCGUACAGGCACCUCCUACCCAGAGGCCACGAUCCCAUGUAUGUUUACGACGAAUUCUUGCUCCAGCAACGCAAGCUGGUCAGCAAGCUGGACUUGGAGGAGAGGAAGAGGAGGGAGGCUCAGGAGAAAGGGUAUUAUUAUGAUCUGGAUGAUUCCUACGAUGAGAGUGAUGAAGAGGAAGUACGGGCUCACCUACGCUGUGUAGCGGAGCAACCCCCUUUGAAGCUGGACACGUCUUCUGAGAAGCUGGAGUUCCUGCAGCUUUUUGGGUUGACCACUCAGCAACAGAAGGAGGAGCUGCUGAUCCAGAAACGGAGGAAAAGACGGAGAAUGUUGAGGGAGAGCAGCCCUUCCCCACCCACCAUCCAGAACAAGCGCCCCACGCCUCCCCCUCGCUUCGUGCUCUCCACCCGUUACAGCCCGGAUGAGAUGAACCACAGCCCCAACUUUGAAGAGAAGAAGAGGUUCCUCACAACCUUCAACUUAACCCACAUUACUGCAGACAAGAGGAAAGAUAAAGAGAAGCUGGCAGAGAUGCUUCACGCCAUGAAACAAAAGAAUACAUGCACGGCACCGCCCGUCAAAAGCUCCCCACGGGACAGUCCUAGUAUUGUCCAAGCUGACUCACAAGUCCAGCAAACGACGCCGUCGGACUUGGAUAAGCCAGUCGGUGUUGCUCCGGCGUCUCUGCCGGAAGCCCAGAAGCCCAUGGAAUCCUGCAGAACAAAUCACCUGAGGCCCCACGACUUUUCCAGAGCCAAAGAGCCCGUCCCUCUCCCUGCUGCCGAGAAGCCCAGGCUGAGCGACGGGCACACCGUCAAAAAGAACUUCACCCUCCUGAACUGCGUCCGGGGCCCUUUGCCCAAAGAGAUCCCCGUCCCGCUCUCCCACAGCAUGAAUGGGAAGAACAAGCAGUGGGAACCCUUCCUUGCCGAGGAGUUUGCGCACCAGUUCCAUGAGUCCGUCUUGCAGUCCACACAGAAGGCUUUACAGAAACACAAAGGCAAUGCAAUGGCUCAUUCGGCGGAGCAGAACCACAAAGUGGACGCUUCCAUCCAUUAUAACAUUCCGGAGCUGCAGACUUCCAGCUGGGGGUCUUUGCCCCAGCAGAACGGGCAGAAAGAUCCCCAGCACAAAGGAUCGAUUCCUCCAGAGCACCAGAAGAUCUCGGAUUCUGAAGAAGACGAGGAAGACGAAGAGGAAGAGGAGGAGUACCCCAGACCAAAAUGGCAUGGGAUCGAAGCGGUCUUUGAGGCUUAUCAGGAGCACGUGGAUGAGCAAAACCUGGAACGACAAGUGCUGCAGACCCAAUGCCGACGUUUAGAGGCCCAGCACUACAGUCUCAGUCUGACUGCAGAACAGCUCUCGCACACCAUGACGGAACUAAGGAACCAGAAGCAGAAAAUUGUCUCGGAAAGGGAACGGAUUCAGGCUGAACUCGAUCACUUGCGAAAGUGCCUUGCGUUGCCUGCCAUGCAGUGGUCCCGGAGUUAUUUCAAGGGCUAUCCCAGGUGACACGCCCUUGCACUAGGCCAAACAUAGCGUAUAGAAAUAAUAAUAAUAAUAAUAAUAAUCUAUUUUAUUACCUGGAAUAUUUAAUAUUUUUCAUGGGGAGGUUUGAAGCUUAAAUAAAUAAUAAUAAAUAAAUAAAUCAAAAGGAUGUGCCAUGCAUGGAGUAAAAAAAAAAAAAAAAGAUUUGUUUUUGGCGGGAAUCCAGAAAAAAAAAUCUGAACUCCCACCUCUUUAAAAAGUGCAACUGAACUCUGAGACUUAUUAUUAUUAAAAAAAAAAAAGAAUUUUUUUUUUUUGGUGACUGCAAGUUGAUCCAUUUAGACGAAAAGCUACGUUCUCAAGACAUUGGAAAGGGUUAAUUUUCUUUCGGCAUCCUCGUCCGCUUUUUUCCUUCUCUCUCUCUCUCCUUUUUGGUUUUGGUUUUUGUCUUUUGAAGAUCUUGGUUGAGCCCGAAGAUUCCAUCAGUGACGCUAACUGUUCGCCUCCUGUCCUCGAAGGAGCCGCUGGGUUUAAAUAUCCUGGCUUUGCGCUCCUUGUCGUUGCCAUAUCCCCCUUCGACUGCGAUACUUGAGUCCUGUUUUAUUUGUUCUUGAAACCUGUUUGUCUCUUCGUCCGAGUAUAUACCCUCCAUUGUUUUUUGGUUAGAAUGAACUGGAUAUUUUGGAUAACCGUAAACCUGCAGAGUUAAUAAAUCUAGUAGAAGAAAACGCAGCUCCCCCCCACGCCGGACUUCCCAUGCAUCCGUCAGCUUUCGGGCUGGAAGUGCACUUCAACUUGACAAAUAAAAAGUGAAAAAACAAAAACAAGGUACCUUUUUAUUCCUGGGGAGGGGGCUGUGGGGGGCGGGGAAGGGCAAGAUGUACAGACCAUACCAAUGCAUAGAUUAUGUACCCAGGCGGGUAGAAUUUUCAUACAAAGAUUUUGCAAUUAAAAGAGUUGGAAAAAAAAAAAAGGUGCUUCAGCCUUAGUGUGUAUAUAUUUAAAAAAAAAAA